AUGUUUUUGAAGGCGGGCAGAGGGAAAAAAGUCCCCCCAGUGAGGGUCUAUGAGUCUGAUUGUGUAGUUCUGAUGGAGACCCCUUUGAGCAAGAGGAACCCGCCAGCGCUGAGAUUAGCGGAUUUGGCAACGGCUCAGGCCAGGCCAUUUCAGAAUAUGACAGGCUUCCCGGCGCUGGCCAGCGCGCCCGCCCACUCCCAACUCGGCGCCGCAGCCGCGCACCUCCGCCCUCGGGACCUGGGCGCUGACCCCGGCGUCGCCAUCACUCCGCUCGGACCCGAGCACAUGGCCCAGGCGAGCGCGCUCGGCCUCAGCCCUCCCUCCCAGGCGCUCCCGGCACAGCCCGAGGCCCCAGCGGCCGCCGCCCGCGCUGCAGCCUCGGUCACGAACCCGGGAGCCGGCACCUACCCUGGCGGCGGGGGCAGCGGUAGCGUGCAGUCCUCCGCGCCCGCGCCCCCGCCCCCAGCCCCUCCUCUUCCUCCCUCCCCUUCACCCCCUCCCCCUCCUCCUGGCCUCUCGGGCUACACCACCACCAACAGUGGCGGCGGCGGCAGCAGCGGCAAAGGCCACAGCAGGGACUUCGUCCUCCGGAGGGACCUUUCCGCCACGGCCCCCGCGGCGGCCAUGCACGGGGCCCCGCUCGGAGGGGAGCAGCGGUCCGGCACCGGCUCCCCCCAGCCCUCGGCCCCGCCUCCCCACUCGGCCGGCAUGUUCAUCUCGGCCAGCGGCACCUACGCUGGCCCGGACGGCAGCGGCGGCGGGGGCCCGGCGCUCUUUCCCUCGCUGCACGACACGCCGGGAGGCCCCGGCGGCCACCCGCACCCGCUCAACGGCCAGAUGCGCCUGGGGCUGGCGGCAGCGGCGGCAGCCGCGGCGGCUGAGCUGUACGGCCGCGGGGAGCCGCCCUUCGCGCCGCGCUCGGGGGAUGCGCACUACGGUGCGGUGGCGGCCGCUGCAGCCGCCGCCCUGCAUGGCUACGGAGCAGUGAACUUAAACCUGAACCUGGCGGCGGCGGCUGCUGCCGCGGCGGCCGGACCCGGGCCCCACCUGCAACACCACGCGCCGCCCCCGGCGCCGCCACCGCCGCCCGCGCCCGCGCCGCACCCGCACCAGCACCACCCCCACCUCCCAGGGGCGGCCGGGGCCUUCCUGCGCUACAUGCGGCAGCCAAUCAAGCAGGAGCUCAUCUGCAAGUGGAUCGACCCCGAGGAGCUGGCCGGGCCGCCGCCGCCCCCGCCCCCGGCCGGCGGCGCCAAGCCCUGCUCCAAAACUUUCGGCACCAUGCACGAGCUGGUGAACCACGUCACGGUGGAGCACGUGGGCGGCCCCGAGCAAAGCAGCCACGUCUGCUUCUGGGAGGACUGUCCGCGCGAGGGCAAGCCCUUCAAGGCCAAAUACAAGCUCAUCAACCACAUCCGCGUGCACACCGGCGAGAAGCCCUUUCCCUGCCCCUUCCCGGGCUGCGGCAAGGUCUUCGCGCGCUCCGAGAACCUCAAGAUCCACAAACGCACUCAUACAGGGGAAAAGCCUUUCAAAUGUGAAUUUGAUGGCUGUGACAGGAAGUUUGCCAACAGCAGUGACCGAAAGAAACAUUCCCACGUCCACACCAGCGACAAGCCCUACUACUGCAAGAUCCGAGGCUGUGACAAAUCCUACACCCACCCGAGCUCGCUGAGGAAGCACAUGAAGAUUCACUGCAAGUCCCCACCACCCUCUCCAGGAGCCCUGGGCUACUCAUCGGUGGGGACUCCAGUGGGUGCCCCCUUGUCCCCUGUGCUGGACCCAGCCAGGAGUCGCUCGAGCACUCUGUCCCCUCAAGUGACCAACCUCAAUGAGUGGUACGUUUGCCAGCCCAGUGGGGUCCCCAGUCACCUCCACACCCCUUCCAGCAGUGGAACCACUUCUGAGUCUGACGAUGAGGAGAUAUACCGGAACUCUGAAGGCGUGCGGACCAUACAUUAG